AUGGGCAAUCGUCAUAGCCAGUCUUACUCCCUGUCAGAAGGCAGUCGACAACUGCCCAAAGGAGGCACCCAAUCCUCCGCAGCCGUGCAGCCUGUCGUCCACCUGUCAGGGACCGGUGAGCCCGAGGCCCAUCAGCCUGCCAAAGCGAGAAGUCAUCGGGAUUUUGAUGUGGAUCAAGAUGCCAAAAAGCUAAACAAAGCCUGCAAAGGAAAGGGCACUGACGAAGCAACCAUCAUUGAAGUCUUAUCAAGCAGAACAUCGAACGAGAGGCAACAAAUCAAGCAGAAGUACAAGGCAACAUAUGGCAAGGAUCUGGAGGAAGUGCUCAAGAAUGAGCUAAGUGGAAACUUCAAGAAGACAGCCUUGGCCCUUCUGGAUUGCCCCAGUGAAUACGACGCCCGACUGCUGCAGAGAGCCAUGGAGGGCCUGGGCACGGACGAGGCAGUGCUCAUCGAGGUCCUAUGCACGAGAACCAAUAAGGAAAUCAUCGCCAUUAAAGAAGCCUACCAAAGACUAUUUGACAGGAGCCUUCAAUCAGAUAUCAAAGAUGACACAAAUGGAAACCUAAAAAAAAUCCUGGUGUCUCUGCUACAGGCUAAUCGUGACGAAGGCGAUAACGUGGACAAAGAUCUAGCUGGUCAGGAUGCCAGGGACCUGCAUGACGCAGGGGAAGGCCGCUGGGGAACGGAUGAACUUGCCUUUAACGAAGUCCUGGCCAAGAGGAGCCACAAGCAGUUACGAGCCACCUUUCAAGCCUAUCAGAUUCUCGUGGGUAAAGAUAUCGAGGAGGCCAUCGAAGCAGAAACGUCGGGAGAUCUGCAGACGGCCUACUUAACUCUCGUGAGGUGUGCCCGGGACCAGGAAGGCUACUUUGCUGACCGUCUGUACAAGUCCAUGACAGGAGCGGGGACCGACGAGGAGACGCUAAUUCACAUCUUUGUGACCAGGGCCGAGGUGGACCUUCAAGGGAUCAAAGCAAAGUUCCAAGAGAAGUAUCAGAAGUCUCUCUCUGACAUGGUUCGCUCGGACACCUCUGGAGACUUCCAGAGAUUGCUGGUGGCCCUCUUGCACUGAACAAGCCAGAGAGGAAGGAGAACAAGGGAGGAAUCACCUUUGCCGAGAGCCCAUUCCAAACCAGAUUUGCAAAUGCAACUCCAGCACAAAAAAACCUUCAAGAGUCCUGGUUUAUUUUCUUGGCAGCUUGAGUAGUGCUGCCAGGCCAGGCUGUUUAAGUCAAACACUGUGGCCUCAAGACGCUUGGGCAGGUCACUUGAAUGCUGGCUUAGCAAGUAUCUAGGCUGCCUCUUAACUUUCUUUUAGUGUGGUGACUAAAUGCUUUCUAAGCACAACGGAAAUCAGUAGUUGAUGAAAAACCAUUUAGAAGAAUAUGUAUUGAAUAGGGUGUGUAUGUUCUAGGUAAAGAUUAAAUGGUUAAGAUACGGGGAAGACAAAAUUGACUAAUUCAUUAGUUUUCCUUCUGUUAUUCAAUUUCAAAGCCUCCAUGUUAAUUAAAGUUGUGGAUUAUGCCUCCAUCA